GUCACUAGUCACGUAUUGGCAUUUGUGAUCAAUGACAUCUCUUUUUGGAAAUGGAAGGUUCACCGUAAAGUUUGUGCCGUAAAGUUUAUCAAGGUUGGAUUUUCUUUUAAACCGUGAUGCUUCUUUUUGUGUCCCACUAAUUUCCACUUAUAUUACUUAUUUUUGUGUUAUUUGAUAAAACGAAAAUGUCCACGGGCAACAAUAUCGAAACGGAAUACCUAGAACUGAAUUCGAAGAACGAAUGGUCGGCUCUCUACCAGAGAAUAAGAUCCCAAAGUCAGAAAGAUGGUUCCUCAUGUGUAGAGGCAGUCAAGCCUCAAAAUAAGAUCCUGAACAGAUACAGAGAUGUUAGUCCCUAUGAUCACAGCAGAGUUAUACUUCAGAGAGGUUCUACAGAUUACAUCAAUGCUAACUUGAUAAAAGUAGAAAGAGCCAAUAGGCAAUACAUACUGACUCAAGGGCCCCUAUCAAAUACUUACAGUCACUUUUGGUUGAUGGUAUGGGAGCAACAAACAAAAGCAAUUGUUAUGCUUAAUAAAUUGAUAGAAAAGAAACAGGAUAAAUGCUACCAAUAUUGGCCUUCUAAGAUGGGUGCAGAACAUGUAAUGAAUUUACAUGAUGUUGGACUAACAGUGGAGUACACACACUUAGAGGAUCAUAGCUACUACUUAACCCGCACAUUGCGACUAACUGAUGCUGAGAGUGGCGAUCACAGAGACAUCCUUCAGUUCCAUUAUGUAACGUGGCCAGAUUUUGGCGUUCCAACCUCGCCUGCAGCCUUUCUAUCUUUCCUUACUAAAGUGAGAGAUGCUGGGGCUUUAGAAGAAGAUGUGGGACCAGCCAUUGUGCAUUGUUCUGCAGGUAUUGGAAGAUCUGGUACUUUCUGUCUGGUGGAUUCCUGCUUGGUAUUGAUUGAAAAGUUUGGCUUAAACUCAAUAGAUGUAAAAGAGAUCCUGUUAGAAAUGAGGAAAUAUCGAAUGGGGCUCAUACAGACACCAGAACAACUGAGAUUUUCAUAUCAAGCUAUCAUCGAGGGAGCCAAGCAACUAACCAAUCAAAAUCAAUCUCUUGAUCAUAUUGCGGAGACAAACAACCACAUAAACGGAGAUGGCGACAGCUUGAAGACAAAUAAAAUCGGCGUAACCACUGGCAAUUCAGUGGAGGUUGAUGACACUUCCUCGUCGGAGGAAGAGGAUGAUGGCCCCCCGCCUCUCCCGCCUCCUCGACUGGACAGUUUGCUGCACCGAAGGAAUGGGGAACUUCAACCAGACAGGCCAUUGCCCCUUAUACCAAACAGUGUAUCCGACCAGUGUCUUAACUAUGAGGAGCAUGAUAACGACGAAGAGGUCCCUUAUAUUCCUACUGGCCCAUUACCAACAGUCCCAGGAGAUGAAGAGCACAGCGAGUCAGAUGAUCAGGAGAAUGACCCGAGAUCUGAAAGUCCUGCUUCAGGUCAAUCAGAUCAGUCCAAUUCUACACAGAAAAGCUCAUCGUACGAAGUGCGCCAACGCAAGCGCGCCCAGCGUAAGGAGCACAUGGAGGCGCAAGUGCGGGAUAUGAAACGUCGCCAGCAGUCAAACGAACAGUGGACGCAGUUGAAGAGGUCUCUUUACAUACCCUUAAUGAUCGGGGGCACUCUCCUGUUAGGGGGCGGCCUUGUCGCUUAUGUUUAUUAUAAAAAUUGAGAAAGAUAGAGGGCGCGAGUAGUUAGGCAGAGAGAGCGUUGUUGUUGGAGGGGUUAGGCGCAAUAAUGGAGAGACGGUGUUGGGUAUGUUGGGUUGUUACAGCGAGUUAAGAGGUGGUAUGUUUGUUUCUCUAGACACGAUUUAGAGUUCCUGGUAUAGAAUAAAGAUAGUUUGUCCGUUUGUUGAAUUGAUUGAUUUAGAACCCAUUGGUUAACGUCUUGCUAUUUUAAACCAAUUAUGCCCGGUUUUCCAAUUGCAAGCUAACUAUGAUAUUACUGACAGCCAGAAGUUAAAUGUUAAAACCAGUUUUCUAAUGUCAGGUUUCACUUGAAAUGGUAGUACACAUUAACCAGCAGACAAUCUACGGGGUAACUAGAAAUUGUGUUAAACCGUACUACCUAACCUUUUUGAUUAACAGUGACAUGAGUUUUCGCGGAUGACACGAGACACAAACGUCGAGCGUCAGAACUAAUUAAAAAUGAGCGAGUUUCAUAUGUUUCAUUGAAAAAUGAAUUUACAGACAACUACCAGUUAACUUAGAAAUUAAAGUUAGCAAAUUCAGAUGUUAGACAGCAUUUGAAAAACCGUUAACUGAUAGUUUUUGAUUUAUUCAAGUCCAGACAGAGUUUAUUCCAAUAGAUAUGAAAUACUUCGGUUUAACGUGCAUUUAGAUAUUGUUUGCUUUUUUGCUACUGACCACUCUUAGAUUCUUAAGAAUAUAGUCUAAUAUUUGUGAUAAUGUACAUAUAGUAAAAAAUGAAACUGCUAUUUAUGACCUGUUGAUAAUUUAAACUAAAGUUUACUUUUUACGCGAAACAUGAAAUAGUACAGGAAAGUAAUGAGCUUCUUUUUUCAAAAUUAAUUGAUUAUUUAUGUAAAUGAACUCAAUAUUCUCCGAAAUAGCACCCUUUUGCGUCGAUACACUUUUGUCAGCGUGAUUUCCAAACCGCGUAUGUUCCCUGGAACUCCUCGCCUGGGAUGCUGUUUAGGGAGACCGCCAAAGUAGCUUGAAUGCUGUCUAGGGUGUCCAGAUGCUGACCAUUGAGGUCCCUUUUUAGUCGGGGAAACAACAAGAAGUCAGCUGGAACCAGACGUAGCUGGGGCACCGUCGUGGACAGCAAUAAAGCGGACACCCAGCCAACAGUCUGUGCUGAGAAUUUUUCGCACACUGGUUACAUUGCUCUCUGCCCGCGAUGUCGCCUCUCGCCCCUCCCGGAACGACUUUUGCUACUUUUUUACUUGUGAAUAUGUUAGGCAGAUAUCCCCAAACGAUGUUUCAAGCAAAUCCGAUGUCUCUAUUGGUGUUUUUGUUUAGUUUCAAACAAAACUUCAUCGUGUAUCUCUGCUCUAAAGUUGUUUCCAUCAUAACUUCGACGGUGUCGCAAAACAAGGGCUUACAAAAAGUAGCGUACGCACCUUCCAAGAGCUCGGAGGCAAGCUGAAGGUUUCCCCCAUCCUUCCCAACUGGUCGCGUCGCGCUACGUUGCCAAGUUGCGUCACAAAUAAAUGAAGCUCAUUACUUUCAAGACAAACCCUGUAUAAUUAUAAGUUUUUCGUUAACCUAUAUUCUUACUGGAAGAAGGCCUGCUUCUUGCAAAGGUAGUAUUUGAAGUAAUUUUCACAUGCAGUUCACCAUUGUAAUUUUUUCGGAAAUGUGGUACUUCUUCCAAGGUUCGAAGCUACGGGCGCAUGGGGCUUACUGUACUGAAUAAAAGCUGUUGAAAGUUAAAUGCAACUGUUUUCAAUUUAAAAUCUCGUUCACUUCCAAAGCCUUUGUCAUUUGAACGUGGCUCCACUAAUUUCAUAUUUUUACUAGAUAAACCGGUAGGUGUGUGGUUGCUUCAGUGAUCCUUAACUCUGGAAAACGCCAAAAUUAUGAAUGUUAAAACUGCGGGUAUUUUUAGAAAAUGUUUCUUAUUUCUAUUUCAAGAAAUUGAGGGAGAAGCGCACGUGAAAAAUAUUGUUUGUCUUCAUUUAAGUUUUUUCCUUUGAUAAAGUUCAUAAUUAAAAUAGGGUGAUAUUAGAAGAUACGGAAAGCAUCCAACACCGUCUCUCUGUCUAAUUGAUGGACUCUUUUGCAAGAUUCGUUUAUAUUAUGUUAUUUAUUAGUGAACGUACACAGAUGUUUUUGGUAGCACUGAGGAACUUUAUAUAUACGUCAUGUAAACUUCGUUUUAUAAACACAGUUAAACUUUUUACACAGCAUAAAUACAGAACUGAUGCAGAGUUUCGUUGAACGGUUUGUAAAAAACAUUCAUUGGUUUCUGGUGUUUCAUAAAGAAAAAUGGUAUUUAGAAUUUUCACUGUUCAACGAUCAUAAAAUAUAGUAGAAACUAAAAAUCUUGUAAUAUUUAGGUUGCUCUGAAAGUAUUGUAAAAUAUCCCAUGAAGCUUUGAAAAAAUGUGUCGCUGCAAUCUGUGUUAAUAUGGAUGCUAUGCGCGUAUAAACUUUUUACAAACCGUCCAGAACAGAUACACUAAUAGCAUGAAGUAUAGAUUGUGUUUCAUAUGAGAAUAAUAUCAUAAUAGUAUUUUUGCGUCGAAGACGAUUACUGAAUUAGGGGAAACUGGGGUAAGAUGACGAUACUAAGAGAAACGCAUUAUUAUAUAACGAACCCAUUUAUUUUAAAUCUUGGAAAUGAAUACACAAAAUAAGAAACAUAUAUCCUAAGCAACUAAAUUAAGUAGAGUACUAAAAAACAGUUUUUGGUAAAAAACGUCGAAAGAAGGUAAAAAAAUCAUUUUAGUCAUCUUACUUCAUGAUACGGGUAAGAUGGCGAAAGCAUUGGGGUAAAAUGCUGAAUGCAAAAAUCGCAGCAAAAGUGACCGGUAUCGUAUGAAGAACAAUCUGCGUGCCACCACCCUCGACAGGACGAACACUGUAUCCAAUUUUCAGUUAGCAGAUCUUCAUAUAUUUCAUUACAUAUUAUUACAUACGAAUUUUUCAGAGUCAUUUUCAUCAAUCGCAUUCUGGAUAUUAAGACCACUACUAGGGCCAGUUUGCUCAGGCACCGAAGAUAUUGAAUAAAUUGUAUUAUUUGCAAAUUCUUUCUUUUUCUUCGGUAUUUUUUUUUAUUUUUCUGUUCACUUUUUUCCCAUUAUUAACUUUUUAUUCCAUAUCCUUCUCAGCUUUUUCACUUUCUUUUAUUUCUAAAGAGUUCUUAACAGGCGUGCUGCUAAUAAUAGACACAGACAUUUUUAUUCGGGUUGAGGCAUCGGUUUUAUUUUUUUGAAAUUUUUGUGAUUGUAUGAUAUGAAAAAUUUCCGCUUAGUGGAUCCUAGUUCAUCUACAACCGGAUUAGUAGCUGUCAAUACCUCUGGUCUGUUCUGUUCUGGAUUCCUAUUUGCCUUUAUUAUCUUCGCAAUAAUAGAUAAUGCAAUGUCAUCAUCAGAAUCAGACUGCAAAUCGACUUCUGUAGGACGAUUAUUUGCUGAAGCUGGUUCAGCCACCUCAUGUGAAUCUUCGCGCUCAGUUUUUGCCGCUGGAGCAAAAUCGCCGUCUUCAAAAGACUAUAUCCGCAUGCUUUAAAACCUUUUACUGCAUCGCUGUUCCGGGAUGAUGAACAAGAAACGCAUUGCAAGCUUGAUUAUAACAUACUUUCAGGGGUCCGAAAAAAGCAAGGUCGAGCGGUUGUGGACGAUGGGUUGUGUAGGGGGGGGGGGGGGGGGGGACCUGACCAAUAUUAUGCCCUUUUCCCUACAGUAGUUAAUACCGUGGAAGGAAAUAUAUGAGGCAUGGUUUUCGACCAAUAACAGCACGGGAUCAUUAAUGGAAGGCUUCGUGAAAUAUUUCAGGUAUGCUAGAAAACUUUCAGAUGUCAUCCAACCGGAAGCUUGUGCUGUUCUUUCCGAUCCAGCUGGGCAUACAUAUAAAAGUUCAGGUUUCAUCCUCUUGCGAGCAAAUACAAAAAACGGCGGUACAUAAGAACCUACUGCACUCAUUGCACAUACUAGAGUUGUACGGCCUCUUUCAUGCAGUUACUAUCUUCCACACGGCGUUGCCCUUUCGGCGUGUCAAUUUUUGGCAGUUUCGUGGGCACAGUAGAUAAUCCAGACUCGUCCUCAUUAUAGACGCGAUCUGUUUUAAAAUUAUAUUUCUGUUCAACUUCUCUAUUAGGUUUGUAAAGAAUUUAUCUACAGCAAUUUUAUUGAAUCCCCUCAAGCGUGCCAUAGAAGCUGCCUCAGAAUUCCUGAGACUAAGAUUGUUAGCUGUUUUAAACCCAUCAUACCAAUCAAUCCCAGCUGACUUUGUUUCGCGGUUAAAUCUGUUCUCGAUCCCAUUUUCUUCAGCAAACUGGAAAGCUAAUUUCCGUACUUGAAUCGAAGUCAAUCCAACACCGCGGCAAUUACAGUUCAAGAGAUCUUCAACAAAAUGUCUGGUUUGCUGAGCGUUAAAAGUACUAUUGCAUGUGCAGGAAGUUCAAUUGCCCUUGCUAUUUCGAUAACGCCUCAGAGUCGUUUCGGGAAUGUUGUAUGCAAUUGAAGCCGCGUUACAACAUAGAGAACCUGCCUUAAUAGCUUGCAGCGGAGCUUUAAGGGAAUCCUCACCCCAUUGUCUACGAUUUGUCUGACGUUGGUAAUUCCUCGGCAUUCUGCAAUCAAAAUAAAAAAAGUUAUUACGUUUCGUCAUCUUACCCCCAGAUGUUUGGAUAACCUAACUUUAUAUUAUUUGUCUUUCAAAACAAAAAAUUAAUAAAACCCAUUUAUAAUUGUUUACUACUAGCCACAACCUUUAACUCAUAAAAAUUAAAAAAGAUUUGCUUACCUGUAAGUAACCAAAACGCUUGAAUAAAGAUCGUAAAAAUUAUAACGACUGACAGGAAAAUAAGUUCGUCCGCUUCAGCGUCAAACGACAAAACGCAUACAUGUAAUGGUCGCUGGAUAUUGAUGCUACAUUGGCAACCUCAGAUGGCGCCACAAAUAUAAAUUUAAAUCAAGUGUACUGCUGCGAAUUUUCGGCAUUCGUCUUCUUUCCCCGUUCGUCAUUUUACCCCAAUUUCCCCUACUUUAUUUACAGCUUUUUGCUGAGAACGUUGAGUUUUGCUCAAAAACGGAGAUAUUACUGAAUUCUACAUGUUAAUGAAUUAUUGCAAAGAAUAGUAGUUUUUGCACAUCUACAAUCACUAUAUUCGAAAGCUCAUAAUUAAUCUUGGAACUAUUCUGAAACCAAUUGUAAAGGACAAAUUGGACAAGUUCCUAAUAUGUUUUCUCUAAUGUAACUUUUACACUAAGGCUGAAUUGUAACGAAUCUUGUCCAAAAUUUCAUCAAACGUCCAGUGUUUAUAUUAGUUUUUGAUGUAUAGCAAUAUCUGUUAUGGUUUUAUCUGGUAGAACACAAAUCCAUACUUAUUCAUUUGAAUGCGCAUAUAAGUACAUAUCAUAAUCAUACUUCGUGUAUUUAUGUGGACAACUCGACAGUUCAUUUUCGAGCUGUCAUAAAGAAAGUAAUAGAACCAGUAGUACAUACGAAUUGAAUCACAGACGCAGGGUGUUUAAUUUUAAGGACGUUGUUGGCGACUGUAUCAAGUAUUCAUAUUUUUUCUCGUAUUAAUAGGAGAGGUAUAUCAGGAAAUGACAUUAUUUGUUACCACAACUACAGUUUAAGGUGUUUCCCUCGAUACCGUAGAAAUACAUGUUAAACAAACGUUUUCUUUUGCAUGUGUACCGCCAGGAAAGCAAUUCAAAGUAUAAUGUCACCUGUACGACGAAAAAGGCGGCCGGGCAGCUGAAACGUCAGUAAAAUUAUUUGAUCAAUGCACGAAUCCAAUCCUUUGCUAGGGAACUCAAAGUGAAACGCAAUGGAAUUUGACAUUAUAUUAAUAAAUACAUUGGACAGGAAAAAUUGGGAGUGUAAAAAUUGAGUUCCGAGGGUAAGGUGAAAAGUUCGCAAUUUGCAGCUCGACAAUGACAGACUGUCAUCCUGGAUUAUGAAAUAAUUUUAUUUUUCUGCAUAAACCCUUUCGAUUCCAAUAUAUUUGGUCCAAUGUUUCUCAAUCAUUACUAUCCCUUCUUGUAAGUGGGACUCUGAAAGGUUGUAAAAAUAUUCAUCUACGAUCUCCGGAACUGUCUUUGAACCCGUAGCGCUCCCAAGUAAGAAAUGUCUUAAGAUGUUUUACCCUUUUCAACAUAUCCAGUUAACAGAAUCCCAUUCGCAUCCCAAAAUCGCUGCAGAAGAUUCGGUUAUGAUCGGCAUUUAGCAUCAACAUAUUUUGCACCAUUUCUACCGAUAUCCUCAUGACUUCAACUAUCUCACUCACCUACACAUGACUACACGAUAUCGCGGACUUUUUGGAUGGUUUCAGGUGUUGUUGCGAUUUUUGGCCGUCUUUCACGUGUAUCUCCAAGGGAUAUGCGACUACGUUUAAAAUCAGCUGCUCAUUUUUCAAAAGUUGAAAUUGAAGGAGCAGAAAUCGCGCUUAACUUCGUAAGAAUUUCCUUUUGGGUUAAUCCAUCCAACACGAAGAAUUUAGUAACGAAAUUACUUCGUAUCAAUCUGAAUGAAAACUACGCAACACGUACACUACAAAAAAUCUACUUUAGAGAACAAGCUGGAAUCUGUCAUAUGAACAAAUGACGUGUGCAUCCAUGCAGGAAUUGGAGCGCCUUUUCUGGGGCAGUCUGAAUACUUUUCACUUUAUCCUCGUCUACACAGCAGGAAUUUAUAUAGUUUUUUUCCAAUGGACAGAAUAAACUAUUUAUCAAAUUAAUGUCACAUCUAGAAUGCCUCUCCUUUUGCGGCAGAAAAAUCGUAAUAUUCUCGCAGUAUGUAAGUCCUAUAGAGAUUCUAAUGGAGAAGCAGGUUUAUAUGGUUGCUCGGUUUUGAAGACUGAAAAAUGAUUGCCAUUUGACAUUUAAAUAGGAUAAAAAUGAAAAUCAAAGAAUAUUUUCCCACUUUUAUACACUUAAUCUAGUUGCAUUUUCUUCGACUUGACUUUUUUAAAAUUUAAAAAGUGGCAAUCAAAUUUGUUGUUUGACAUGGGUGGUUGGUGUGAUCUCGGUGUUAUGUGUAAUUAAAAAGAAAUAUAAGACUUAUUCACUCGGAGAUUAUAGUUUCAGUGAUAGCGUUGGUUUUGUUGAACCUAGAUGAGUUAUUUGAUAGUACGAGAAUUGUUCAGUGCGUGAGGUUUUCAAACACUGAAGAGCCAAGAUAAAGGUAGAAUGUUGCAGAAUUAGUCAAUUCCUAUUCAAUUGCAUCAUACAUGAGCGGUGUUUCCUCUCAUUUCCUCAUGAAAGGAACUCUUUUUAUUGAGGAUUAUUGACUUGUCAACUCGACACGCACACAUUCGUAGUGACAAAUUUUAACUCUAACUGCGAAAUGUUGCGAAAGGAAAGACUGACGUAAUUACUUUCCUCCAAUGACAAAGUUUGAGAGGAGGGAUUGACAGUUAUAUUUUACUAUUCUCUUGUGACUUAAAACAACGGUAUGAUUUAGUGACAAGAAAAAACGCUCAUGUAUGGGCUGCAAAUGGCACAAUUAACUAAAAAUACGCUGUAUGUUGCUCUCGUUAGAAAAACAAUCAAGUUCAAUGAAAAACGGGAGUUGUUUUAAGGGUAUGGAGGCUUGGAAAUGCCUUUUAAAAACGGAAUAAAGUACGUUGGAGAUUACCUGAUUUGGUUUAGUAUGAAAAGGGAAUUGUCAAUUUGAAAUGCAAAUUUUUCCUAACCUCAAUACCUUGCAAGCCUUGCUUUAAAUGGCCACUCUUGCCAUUGAUUCACGUAUUCUGCGUGACUACCUAGUAGAGUUCGUUAAUCAGUGAUUUAACUGAACAUUGCUCGUAACGUCAACGGUAAAUUUUGUUGAAGAACGAAGUAGGCGCUUUGAAAAUGAUUAAUUAGUUUUAAGAGAAAAAGAAGAAUACCUUUCGGUGGUGCAUUUCAUUCUACUAAACGUCUCACCCAAGCUGAAUUUUUGUCACUUGUAUGAUUUUAUCUUAUUACAUUAAUCUGCCAAUUCAAAGUAUUAAAGUUUCUGCAGAUAUUUGCGCUCUACUGCUAUCUGGCUUGUAAUAAAUUGAUAAAAACAUUAAUCACAAAGGUAAUAUAAGAAUUCAGCUUGUUGACAGUUUUUCAGAGUGAAAUCGUAGAAUUUUCGAAACUACUUGAAAAUCAAUGGCACAAAACUAUUUUUUACAUUUUUAUAUAGGAAAGUGUAAUUUUCUACUGAGACUUUCGUAUACCUUACGUUUAUACAUUCCUGUUUUAAGUGCCUACAACUUCUGUGCGUAUUAGAAAUGGAAAAAUUGCAUUGACAAUAUGCAAAUCUUAUGUUCUUUAAUUUAACCAUAGAUGUGACAAUCGGAUUUACCAGCCGAUGUUGUACUUUCGGAUUUCAUCAAACGGGGUACUGUAAAAUUAAUUAGUCCAUUAAUAGCCAAACAGGCUUACAGGUAGACUUUUGUGCGCAGUUUUACUUAAUGUCACAUGUAUAGAUAUUCUUUGAGGAUUGAGUGCCCUUUGAAGAAUGACGUCUGCUUGGAUUAUAGACAAACAAUAAUACUUCCUUGAGAAACGCUCACGGGAGUAUAUGACAUUUUCAUUUUACAGUUGCCAUCACAGGUUUUUAAAAUUUGGAACAGCUUCAAGAUUGUCGAAAUUUGCUCCAUUUAUAUUUCCAGAAUUUUCGAAUCUACUAAAAUUUUGGAAUGUUCAUUAUUUUGAUCAUUUAGAAUAUUUUGAAGAUUUUGAAAACUGAAGAUGAUAAUUUUUAAAAUCUUGAAAAUACCGAAAAACCGGCACAUUUCAACCAUUUGUAAAUUUAAGAAGUUUUAAAAUUUUUGAAAGUGGCUUACCCUGCACAAGGCGUACCAGUAGAUUUGUCUAAAAACCUUUUUUAAUAUACAAAGUGUCCAAUAAGUACCUCGACAAAUUUAAGGAGAAAUAACAAAAACUUACCUAUAUAAAAGUGUCACCGUUUUUGAGAUAUAGAAUUUUUUCUUAAAUUUAAAAAAACACGAACCUUUUCAUCUGUGGUCUUUAGCUGCAUGUACAAAUAAGGUUAUACUUUGUUCAUUUUUUCUAUAAAAUACUUCUAGAUAGUUGCUUUAUCAUAUACAAAUGCAAUGUAGUUAAAAUAUAUUAACGAACCAUGAUAAAAUAAGGACUGUUUUGGGAUUUAUAACCUUCUGAUAUUGUUUCCUCAACUUUCAUAAAAUCAUAUCAGGAGCAGGUAAUAAUAAUGUAGCUUUGUACUAUUUAGCAUGUCACUGAUCGGUAACCAGUGCAACUUGAAUUUAAAUCCAAUAAUUACGUUGUAGUGUGUGUCAGUCACUUACAAAAACAGCUAUCACUUUUUUCUAUUCCAAAUAGUGCGUGUGUGCCUCUCUGAAAUCUGGAUUCAAUGAGCAAUUUUUUUAUUCAAUAUAAUGCAGUUAUAGCCCAGUACAUUUUUGUAUCACCACAGAUGGUCAAAGUUGAGGAAAAAGUAUAAGAAGGUUAUAAAUCCCAAAAUAGUCCUUAUUUGAUCAUGGUUCCUUAAUAUCUUGUAACUACAUUGCAUUUGCAUAUAAUAAUGCUACAAAUUUUUUAUAGACAAAAUGAACAACGUAUAACCUUAUUUGUACAUGCAGCUAAAGACCACAGAUGAAAAGGUUCGUUUUUUUAAAAUUUAAGAAAAAAUUCAACAUCUCAAAAACGGUGACACUUUUAUAUAGGUAAGUUUUUGUUAUUUGGGAGGUCAGCCUACCUUCUCCUUAAGCUUGUCUUGGUACUAUUGGACACCCUGUAUAUAUUUCAAGCCUUUCUGAACAAAAGCUGUGAGACCAAAGCAAUCCUAUGAUUAGUUUAUGAGAAAUAGGGGUUAAAAUUUGCCCAAUUUCCAAAAUUGGUGAAUAUGUGCUGAUUGUAGUUCUCAGACCAAAAACUCGGAAAAUUGUUAUACUGAAAGGAAUCUUCCAUUAAAACACCUUAUAGGAAGGUAUUGGGAGGUGGCAUGUUGAUCAUAACCAUGGUCCUUACAAAGUCAAUUUAGGGGCAAGUUGGUUUUUAUAUGUUGGAAUGGACCUGGCACGAGUGGUUUCUAAAACAAAAUAGCUCAAAAAGGCAGUUCAUAAGAUUGCGAAAAAGUCGUUGUUUUUUACUUUACUUGAUUAUUACCUAUACAAUGGCAACCAAGGACAAUUCAAGGUCACGUUGAUUUUUAAGGUGGAAGGGAAAGAAAAAGCCCUAUAACGAACUCCAAUCUCAAUGGAGACCAUAUCAAAAUAAACCCAUGUACACAGAGUUCAAGCGCCAGAUGCAUAAUGCUCAUUAAUUAUUACAUGAUCAUCAGGUAAAUCGUUAGUAUUUUCAUAAGCUUAUCAAUAAUAUAUCCAUAGUCGAUACUUUAUUGGGCUUCUAAAACGUGAGUUAAUUAUAUGUGUGGAUACCACCACCAACAACAACGUAUCCUUGAGGUGUCGAUGUACAUGCUAUCAAUCGCGUUUUGAAUUCAUGAACAAUGCAAACGCACUUAGAGUCGAAGAUCGUUUAAUAGUAUAAAUCGGCGGCUAAGACAAGUGAAUUCUGUCGCCUGGAAUAUAUAUCUCACAUACGACUCUCCUGAUGAAGAUGGCAAAGUCCAUUGAAAGCUAGAGAUUAAUAAAGUAUAAAGAGUCCCCUUUGCUUGAAUUUUGUCGAAGUACCCAACAAAAGGCGGAAACUUUAAUUUUUCACCUAUAUAUAUAGCAAACUGUAAUAUAGGUUUCGUCCGUCCAACCAUAGACGGCCCAUGUGCUUUUUGGCAACGCAUCAGCAUGGUCUAUAGACUUGGUCUCAGAUGGGACAACGAGCGAAAGUUUGGCAAAUCUCUAUCCAGGAUAUAAGGUCUAUCGGAAUAAUACAGCACAACUGACCCUUAAAUUGAUCAUGUAUCAUGGUCCUAACACCGUCCUACAAGGUGUUUUAAUUCACCAUUUUUACAAAUUGGGUAAACAAUCCUAUUUCUCAGAAACUAAUCAUAGGAAUGCUUUGGUCCGACAUUCAGCAAUUUUACAUAUUGUUCAAACAAUCUUAUUUCUCAGUAACUAAUCAUAUAAAUGCUUUGGUCCGAUGAGAACUUUUGCUUAAAAAGGCGAGUAAUAUAAUAUAUCAUACUGCAUUUAUAGACAAAUCGAUCUGUCAGUUUUUCAAAAUUUUCUAAAUUUGCUCGAUUUUUGACAUACAAAAUUUCCGGAUUGUCAAAAUUUGUUUAAAAUCCAACGAGAGAUUAAACGGCACUCAAUACUUAAGGAACGUCGAUUAAUAUGAUCCUUAAAAUCACCCAUUUCCUGGUGAUUCAAAUGACGGCAACAGUACCCCUCGAAAAGUUGAAAACCGAACGUAUAUAUGAAUAUAAAUUGUGAUUAUUUUAUGGAUUCUUUUUUAUGAAUAACCAAUAAAUAUAUUUAAAGUAAUUAUAACAAA